AUGCCACCUUUACAAAACAGAAAAAGAGAAUUAGAGAAUAAUGAUGAUGAUCAGAAUGAUUUGAAGAAAAAGAUCAAGAUCACCAGAUAUGACAGUUUUAAUAAGAUUUGUGAACUUAUCAACAGAUGUUCUCUAAUUGCACGCGUGACCUUCAAAAAUUUUAUUGACUCAGCAUGUAAAUAUCGUGCUUCAGCUUUUGGUGAUACAGCAACUGCUCUCUUUGGAGAGUUGAAGGUCAAUGAAAUAUAUGAAAUCCGGAAUUUCAAUGUCACUUUGUCGAAUCCAAAAUACAAUGUACACAAAAACAUGUAUGAAAUGGCCCUGAAAACUGAUACAACUAUAAUUAAAUUUGAUGGCCAAUGUGACAUUCCUGAAGAUACCAUAUCAUACAAGACUUUCGAAGAAUUCUACUCAGAAAACGUCAAUGACUUGAUUGAUGUGAUUGGAAUAAUAUCUAAAGUAGAUGAUAUUACUAAUGUAACAUUUCAGAAAAAUGAUGUGUCAAAAAGAGAUGUGACAAUUAAAGACAUAGAUGACAAAGUUAUUACUCUUGUGUUCUGGCGGAAGCGCGCCGAUGAUUUUGCGGGCAAAAUAAAAGAUGUGAUCAGCGUUAAAGGAGCAAAAAUAUAUAUAUACAGAGGAGAUCAAUUUUUAUCGAUUCAAGGAAAUUCUGUUGUUACCUUCAAUGACGAAACCAACAGAUUUUCUAAAAGUCUAAUGGACUUUGUCCAAGCUGGAUAACAUUCCCCAGCCAGCAAGGUUUGUUUCCAAAAUGUUGCUACAACAUUGAUUUCCAAACACGGCAACUUAAUCGGCAACCAAAAAAAAGGUUUCGGAAAUGUUGGAGCAAUAUUGAAAUGUCCGCUUUUAUUUGAACCAAAAUGUUGCCAAAAUGUUAUCUCAACAAGUUGCCUCGAUGUUUCCACAAUGUUGCCACAACAAAUAUUUGAGAAAAUUUGACGCGAUCGAUGGCUUUGUUGUAGUAAUGUUACUGCAAUGUUGCAAAAGCGCGGUCACGCAACAUUGUCAUAACGACGAUACAACACGUUGACAACAAUCUCCCUGUUCCAGAAGAUGUUAGUUCCAACUUGUUAGCAACCUUCUUGAAACAUUGUGGCAACAUAUCGAUCUACAGGAAUCAACUGCGAAACAUUGUAGCAACAUUUCCUCAAUGUUCCAGCAACGGCUCCAGGAC